AUGACAACCCCCCCCCCCACACUCUCACGUCCACACAAAGACGUGAUAGACGUCCACACAAAGACCUCCCUACACAGAAAGCUCCCCGCACAGAGACCUCCCUACACAGAGACCUCCCUACACAGAGACCUCCCACCACAGAGACCUCCCUACAAAGAGACCUCCCUGCACAGAGACCUCCCUACACAGGACCUCCCUACACAGAGACCUCCCUACACAGAAAGCUCCCCGCACAGAGACCUCCCUACACAGAGACCUCCCUACACAGAGACCUCCCUACACAGAGAUCUCCCUACACAGGACCUCCCUACACAGAGACCUCCCUACACAGAAAGCUCCCCGCACAGAGACCUCCCUACACAGAGACCUCCCUACACAGAGACCUCCCUACACAGAGACCUCCCACCACAGAGACCUCCCUACAAAGAGACCUCCCUACACAGAGACCUCCCUACACAGAAAGUUCCCCGCACAGAGACCUCCCUACACAGGACCUCCCUACACAGAGACCUCCCUACACAGAGACCUCCCUACACAGAGAUCUCCCUACACAGGACCUCCCUACACAGAGACCUCCCUACACAGAGACCUCCCUACACAGAAAGCUCCCCGCACAGAGACCUCCCUACACAGAGACCUCCCUACACAGAGACCUCCCUACACAGACCAGGACAGAGCCAGGAUAGGUUAAGUUGCCAUUUGGGCUCCAUCCAAGCAGAUGGCUGA